GUCACCACCGUCCUGGCCAUUUCGUUACACUCCGCACCUCGAUUCAACCCCGGCAAUUAUUUAAUUUAUCGUCCUGGUAUCGGUUGUUACAUCGAAGUUGACUAGUUGGAGAUCAAUUUUUAUCGAGAGUUUGAGAGUGAGAAUAAACUGAGGCGUUUGAAAUUCUAUCAGGCCGGGUUCUCAGCAACAGAUUGACGAGAAAAAAAAUGAUUCAAAGAAAACUUUUCAAUAUUACACUGAUGUUUGCAUUAACUCUCAGCAUCAAUAUUGCAACGAGCGCGGCUGAUGAGCCGACAGCAACUCCACUACAAGAGGCUCAUCAACGUGGCUGCGUGUCCCCUAAGAAGGAUUACGACUUUAUUACGGAAUACAAACGCCUGCCGCAGUACCGCUAUCUGGCCGCGUACAAACGAUUUCCCGAUUAUCUUUACAGCUUUGGCAUUGGCAAGAGAUUCGACGACAAUAUCAAGAGAAACUCGCCAUAUUCCUUCGGAGUUGGCAAGCGAAACACCUUUCCCAGGCUCUCCUUCCUGAGGGUUCCCCUAGCCUACGCCCUCCCUCUUGACACCAAAAGUUAUGAUUCCAAUCUCAUCGUCGACGAUUCCGCUGGGACAAAACGCAAUGCACCAUCGCACGCAUACGGAUUUGGAAUUGGCAAGAGAACUCCACUAUUACUCAACGAUGAUUUCGAUGCUGACAAUCGAGGGCUGAAUGAUGACAGAAAAUUCACCGAUGACGGGCCACUGUGGGAUCAAUUCUAACCGAUCAUUAUAAAUCAACUUAUUUUUAUCCUUUUUUCAAUGUCUGUGUAAACAGAAAACGAAUGAAAACAAAACAAAAUAUUCACAUGGAAGAAAAGUGUCUGUACUUCUCGGUGUAAAAAUCAUUUGCGCAAUACUAGAUGCUUAUCUCUUGACUGUAAAUUGAAAUUUCACCAGUUUUCACGUAUGUCGAAGGUGGAAGAAUGGAUGUCACUAGUAGAGUGACGAAACAAGAUGAUACGCGCGAAAAAAUUUAAUAGAGAAACGUGGCGAAUUCCCUCGAAAAUUCUAUUGGAUUUCUAUCGAACUUUAUUGAACCUCAAUUGAUUAGUUUUUGACCGAUACUUAUGUGCGCGUUUUUUCAAUAGAAAUGUUCAAUGGAAAAUAUUCUGUAGAAG